AUGAUAGAGGGAGAGAAUCUUGAUAUACUCCUGAAGUAGAAUAGUAAAUAUAAAGAUAAUUAUCAAAAUAAUAAAAAUAUUCAUAUUAUUAAUACUUCUUUAAAUAUUAUUAAAAGCUUAAUGAAUAGAGUUUCAAAUAAUCAAGAUAGAUUUCUAUUAGAAAGUAGAAGUGGAUUUCAAUCUUAGAGUAUAUUUGAUAGUUGUCAAUCCUUAAUAGACGUUGAUAGUUUUUAAAAAUAAUUCCUCUUGAAACCAAGUACGUGUUCUGAAAAGAGACUAAUAAAAUUUAAGAGUAUUCAUUAGUUUGAAAAUUUAUGA